UUUCUUUCGCGGCUGAUCGAGUGUUGGUGCUGUGGUGCUGAAAAUAUGUUCAUUUUAUUUUUUUACCGCGCGGCGAGAACAUUUAAGUUGUGAGCGAAAUUUUCGAGUGAGUGGCCUGGCUGGCAGAAAUUUUUAAGAAACCCCCUCCUAAGUUCUCCUCCUGCAUCACAAUGACCCCCCGACCUCAUGAGAUCCUCACCGAAACGGAGCUAGCCGUCGAUGAAUCCACCUGCUAUAUUCGAAAAUCGGCUAAAGAUGCUGCAGGUUCCUGGAUCGAUGGCCAACUGGUUUCGGACACGGAUGCAUCACACCAGUUUCCGUCCGACGAGGAGCCCAAUGUUCUGGGGCAUGGACCCAACUAUGACGAGAAGCUGUCCAAGUUCAAGUGGCUCUGCAAUUUCGAUGAUGCCCCCACCCAUUUGAAGUUCAAUCCGUACAUCCGACGCGGCUACCGCACAUUCCUAUCGAACAAGUUGUGCCUGCAGAGCAUUUUCUGGUGGACCAAUGAAACAAUCAAUAUCUGGAGCCAUCUGGCCGGCUGCAUCCUUUUCAUCGGACUGACCAUCUUCGAUCUUCAAUACCUGCGCACCCACGCCUCCCUCGGCGACCAGGUGCUGGUGGUGUGCCUCUUGGUCUGCUUCUGCCUCUGCAUGUUCAUGUCCGCCAUCUACCACAUCUUCUCUUGCAAAUCAGAGGAGCACUACGACUUCUUCCUGUCGGUGGACUUUCUGGGAAUCUCCCUCUCGCUGGUGGCCAUCUAUAUCAGUGGGAUGUACUAUGCCUUCUGGUGUCACACCUUCCUAAGGACUCUGUACUCCACGAUUGCUCUGGGGAUGUUCGCCCUGGCCAUUGCCGUGCAGAUCCCCAGGCUGAAUGUCUCCAUGAACGCCAAGGUGGCGGUGCUCCUGCUAUGGUCAGCCUAUGGAGUCAUCCCACUCGGUCACUGGGCAGUGGCAAUGGGAGGACUAGAGAAUGAGCUUGUCAGGCUGAUGGUGCCCCGCAUUGUCAUCAUGUACCUGCUCUGCCUCAUCGCCUUCGUCUUCUAUGCCGCCAAGAUCCCGGAGCGCUGGUUCACCGGAAAAGUGGACUUUGUUGGACACUCCCACAACUGGUGGCACCUCAUCAUCGUGGGCGCCUUCUACCACUGGCACAACACCGGCUUGGUCUACGCCGAAUACCGUCUAAAUAAUGGCUGCAGUGCUCCAGUCCUCGCCUGAGAUUUAUGCUUUAAAUCCACGAUCCGAGGUUCGCAGGAUGCAGACUCGCGGAGCAGACUCUAGCCUAGUGUACAUAGUUUAUGGGGGCGCUCUUUAUCCGCUAUUAACUAAUAUUUAGUUGUAGUUGUUGACCGAUACUUUACCGAUUAAUUUAUGUGUAAUUUACCAUUUAGUUAGGGCUUCGUGUUAUUCUAUCCAUAGAGUUGGCAACGCACGGAUCGAGGCGGAAACUUCCAGGCCAGGAUCCAAUCCUUACCUUUUCCCAAUUCAUUUCGUUUUACCACAAAAGUGUGUCUGAAAUUGCUUGUGUCUUGAGCUGAAGCUGUGUUAGUCUGGUUAACUCGAUUUUUACAAAUACUUUAAAUACAAAUAUAAUAUCAAAAGUACAAACAAA